GUAUUAUCAAAUAUUAAAUACACGCUCAUAUCCGGUUAGCGUUGUUAUGCUAAUUAUGUCUGACAUCACUGAGAUCAAAGCAGCGCAGAGAAUAUAAACAGCUAGGGGCUUCAGCGAUUGCCAGAGUUCACAUUCCGGGGUGGGGAGCAUAGUAGCCUAAAAAAAAGGGAAACCUGCUAACUUUCUUAAGUCAGUAGUUUGCCCUGCAUCGUUUAAGAUGCUUUAUCGGCUUUUCAGCAUUCCAUGAAUAUUGCGGAAUUACACAGGUUUUAUGGCAGAUCUUGAAUAAAGAAAAAUACUGUCUGGAAUAUUACUGCAAUACUGGCAAAACAUUAUAUAAAGUGAUCCUUCCCUCUAAGGGGACAAGUGGACUCAAACCAUGCCAGGAAAAUGCCCCCCACAGCAUAAGGAAGCCACUGGACCCUCUCACUGUAGGGGUCAAGCAUUCAGGCCUUGAAAAACGGACCCGAGGUCGGUAUUGCGGUUCCUGUUUUCUGAUUGUGCCUCAGAGGAGUCGUAACAGCAGCAUUGUCUCUCUGUGCCUUGAGUGGGACCACCGCCAUGAAAAGGGCUCUCCACCCCCUGCCAGUCUGUCUGCCCGCAGUCCUGCUGCUGUCCCAGAUCUGCUCAGGAAUCAAAUGGCUGGCCCUGUCGCAGACGCCGGCCUCCAUGCCCGUUAACCGGACGCAUCACUGCAAGGGGCUUCAGGGCCUGGUGUCUGCGCAGGUGCAGCUGUGCCGCAGCAACCUGGAGCUGAUGCAGACCGUCAUCCAGGCCGCCCGCGAGGUCCAGAAGACCUGCCAGAAGACCUUUGGCGACAUGCGCUGGAACUGCUCCUCCAUCGAGAGUGCACCACACUUUCCCCCAGACCUGGAGCGAGGCACGAGGGAGGCGGCGUUUGUUUACGCCCUGGCCGCGGCCACCAUCAGCCACACCAUCGCCCGGGCCUGCACCACCGGGGACCUGCGGUACUGCUCCUGCGGGCCCGUCCCGGGCCAGGCCCCCGAGCCGGGCCACCGCUGGGGGGGCUGCGCAGACAACCUGCACUACGGCCUGGUCGUGGGCACCAAGUUCGCCGACGCGCCCAUGAAGACGAAGAAGUCCCGCUCCCAGGCUAACAAGCUCAUGCACCUGCACAACAGUGAGGUGGGCAGACAGGCCCUGCGUGAUGCCUUGGAGCUGAAGUGUAAGUGUCAUGGCGUCUCCGGCUCCUGCUCCAUCAGGACCUGCUGGAAGGGCCUUCAGGAUCUGAAGAACAUCGCCAUGGACCUGAAAAUCAAAUACCUGUCCGCCACCAAGGUGGUGCACCGGCCCAUGGGGACCAGGAAGCAGCUCGUUCCCAAGGACCUCGACAUCCGGCCCGUACGGGAGAACGAGAUGGUGUACCUGCAGAGUUCACCCGACUUCUGCUCCAGGAGCGAAAAGCAGGGCUCCUUCGGCACUCAGGGCAGGCAGUGCAACAAGACCUCCAGCGGGAGUGACAGCUGUGACCUGAUGUGCUGCGGCCGGGGCUACAACCCGUACGUGGAGACGCUGGUGGAGAAGUGCCACUGCAAGUACCACUGGUGCUGCUACGUCACGUGCAAGAGGUGCGAGAGGACAGUGGAGAGAUACAUCUGCAAGUGACGUCCUCCUAAACCUGCGUCUUAAACCUCCCCUCACGGGCCGCACGUAAUAACCAAAGCGCUACGUAUCGAGAAAGCUUGCUGCUGUCCUAAGCUUCAGCUUUUUACCCCACUUUUAAUUUGAACUGGAGUUCUUUUAAAACAAAUAUUUUGGGGUUUUAUUUUAUCAAAAAAGCAGACUUGUUUUGUCUACAAGUGUUUGAAAUGGGUGUUGUGUCAACACCUGCCUUUUACGUGAAGGCCACUGCCAUUUAAGGAUUUUCAACAAACGUGUAUAAACUUUUUGCUAUAUAUUUUUUAAACCCUGAUAAUAAUAAAUGAAAACUAUUUUCUUAUUCAUUUGUUAAAGAAAUUAUAUUAAGAAUAUUUUUAAAGAGAGACCUCAUGAGCAUUUGGACAGCAGGGGGUCCAUAGCCAGCCUCGGACUGAUGUUAACUUAAAUAUUUCACUUCAAAGCCAUUCCAUGGAUAUCCAAGGGAUUUCAAAGAGCUGUUGGAUUAUUCCUUUAUGAAGAUGAAGAGGGAAGAAAAAGGUACCGAAUAUGCAAAGGGACAAUCAAAUACAGCUCCCCUUUUGGAGCUUGAAAUAUUUUCGUUUUAAAGGUUUGUCUGUCUGGGAGUUUUUGAGUGUACUCUUUUUAUUACUCUUCCAGGACCUAUAAAUGUACAGAGUAUUUGCAUUGUUAAAUUUCCCUAUGAAACAUGAGGAAUUCUAGCCCCACUCCUUGCUUACUGUGUGUUUAGGGUUCCCAUGACAACCUGUUCAGAGCCACUUUUGUGUGGAUGUACAUACAAUCUUUUGUAUUGAGAAUUUAAAUGAAAAUUGAUGAACUAAUUAAAAAAUGAGACUUUACCAAA